UGCUCUAGAGGUUCUUGUUGCUUUUCGGCUUUCUUGGCACCUGCAUCUUCACGUUCCAACAUGAAGGCGCUGAGUCCGGUGCGCGGCUGCUACGAGGCGGUGUGCUGCUUGUCGGAGCGCAGCCUGGCUAUCGCGCGGGGCCGUGGCAAGGGCCCGGCAGCCGAGGAGCCGCUGAGCCUGCUCGACGACAUGAACCACUGCUAUUCGCGCCUACGGGAACUGGUACCCGGAGUCCCGCGAGGCACUCAGCUUAGCCAGGUGGAAAUCCUGCAGCGCGUCAUCGACUACAUCCUUGACCUGCAGGUGGUCCUUGCCGAGCCGGCACCCGGACCCCCAGACGGCCCGCAUCUUGCUAUCCAGACAGCCGAACUCACUCCAGAACUCGUGAUCUCCAAUGACAAGAGGAGCUUCUGCCACUGACCUGGCCGUCCUGGAGCACCUCCAGAACGCAGGUGCUGGCGCCCGUUCCGCUUGGGACCCGGGACACUCUCCGGCCGGAAGCUCGAGGGCAUGGAUGCGCCCCAACCUCGCUCUGCCCACUUGACUCCCCCAAACGCCUGCCUCGAAGCUGGAUCUGGCGCCCGGGGGCGAAGGACUGUGAACUUGGGUGGCCUGAAGAGCCAGAGCGAGCUCUGGGUACCAGCUGGGCAACGUCACUCAGUCCCCACCCCCAAGUUUAAAGACUGUCUGUUCGGAGUAUGGAGGUGUGUGUGUCGGGGGUGGGAGUGGGUGGCUGCUCUCCAAACUCUGCCAAGGCGGCCGUAGAGCUGGUCUUCUGGUCUCCUUGGAGAAAGGCUCUGUUGCCCUGAUUAUGAACUCUAUAAUAGAGUAUAUAGCUUUUGUACCAUUUUUACAGGAAGGUGACUUUCUGUAACCAUGCGAUGUAUAUUAAACUUUUUAUAAAAGUUAACAUUUUGCAUAAUAAACCGUUUUUAAACACG